AGUUUACAAUUUACAAACAAUCGUUUUUCACUUUUUAAUGUUAUUCAGCUCUUGCUCAAAGCAGCGAUUGGUGUCCGCUCGGCUGGACGUGUUUAGCUGACGUCCCGCUCAUGGCGCCCACCGGGGGCUUUGCGCUGCUCUUUUUUAUAUUUGGAGACUCCAAAAGAAUCCCGCUUCCCUUUCAUGUGCCGCCUCGGUCCAAUCAGGCUGCAGGAGAGGCGGCCUGCGCUCGGCGUCAAUCACGCUCGCUGAGUGGCUGAAGCGCCUCUCGUCUGGUCCGCUGGAGCUGCAGAUCGCUCGAUCCUCCACCGCCGCUGGAUGUGUACGGAACCCGCACGCUGUUCUUUACGGACGCUCACGAAUAUCGCACUCUUUCUGGAUUCUUUUUCAUUUCUGAUGUUUCUCAAUUGCUCUCCGAUGCAGAGAAAUGGGUAAACUUCAUUCCAAACAUGCUGCUAUUUGUAAAGCGAGGGAGAGUCCUGAAGGCGAUAGUUUUGUAGUUAACGCGUGUUUGGCGAGGAAAGGGCUGGAUGACUGGAUGGUUAAACAGAAGUAUUACUGCUCAAGCUCUCGUGUAGAACAGCAGGACUGCCAGCAGAAAAAUACCUGCGGACUCUCUCCACGGGACCCAUUGGAUGAAGGUUAUGCUGAAGGUAUCAGUGAUGAACAUUAUCGUUUAGAAGUGGCCCUGCCGCCUGAGAAGACUGACAGCUGUAGUGUGGAAGAGAGAAUGCAGGACACUGAAGGGUCAGCCACUGUCGGCCCACACAAACAAUUACAGUUUGAGGAGUUGGAAUGCGCCGUAUCAGUUGAAGAAGAUAACAGGCAGGAGUGGACUUUUACCCUCUAUGACUUCGAUAACAAUGGCAAGGUCACGAGAGAGGACAUCACAAGUCUACUGCACACCAUAUAUGAGGUGGUGGACGCAUCAGUGAAUCACUCCCCCAGCAGCAGUAAGACCCUCAGGGUGAAACUCUCCGUCGCCCCGGACUCCAGCCAGAGAUGGAGGAACUGCAACCAGACCAACACAGACACUCCCCAUCCCAAGCAUAAGGGAGAAAAGUGCAUUGAAGACUCCAAGACUUCAGAGAAAAAGUCAAGAGCCUUUCUUAGGCGUUAUCAUGCUGACCACCACAACCAGCAAGGUUGCCAGCGGCACUGUGUGGAUGAGAACUUGGAGAGAAGAAACCAUUACCUUGACCUGGCUGGCAUUGAAAACUACACAUCCCGCUUUGGAACAGCAGCUCCUGCCACAGAACCAGCAAAACCCAACCACACCACGCGAUCAUCCAAUCAGACACGUUCACGUUCUCAGGAACCCGAGAAUGGCCACAUGCACUCCGCUCACCAUCGGCGCUCACAGACCAUCUCCACAGAUCCUCCUGCCAUCCUCUCUCGGCACACACACGCACUCCGUUCCCCCAAAACGCACCGUACGCCGCCCACACAGGCCUCCGCCGGUCGGGUGAUAAGAAGAGGAGCGCCCCCUCCCCCAGCGGUCCCCAACCAGACCCCUCCGCACCAAAGCUCAGGCCCGUACCGACGACACAAGCAAAGGCCUAAAGAUGGGCUGCACUAUCGGGCUCUUGGGCCCACCGUGACAUCUGGCCCAGUCAUGGAGAAAGAACAUGUGAGGGAUCUGCCCAGUCUGGUGCUGUAUGAAGGAGGACUAGCUCAGGUGGUCCAACGACACGAGCAUCAUCAUCAUCAUGAACAUCAUCAUCAUUAUCAUCACUUCUAUCAGUCCUGAAGAGUAGUGGAUCUAAAUAAGAAAAACAACAAGGAACACAGUGAAAAAUCUUAAAUCUGUUUGCAUGGCCAUGUUGUGGCUGAGAAGGACACAAGGCAUCAUGUUCACGCCAAAGUGGCAGACAAUAUGUACGCAUUUGUAUAUAUAAGUGUGUGUGUGUGUGUGUGUGUGUGUGUAAGUGAGGUUGUGUGGGUCAGUUUGAAUGUGUGCUGAUGUAUUCAGUCCUGUCUUUGGCAACAGGAGAGGUUUACUUACUACGUAAGGGCUCUAUCUUUCGCUUUUCUCUUCUUUUUUUUUUUUCUCUCUAUCACUUUGUCUGACUCCUUUGUUUUAUCUCUCUCCCUCUCUUAAUUCAUAUCUGAUUGGUCUGUUUGGUUGAAGAGGUGGUCAGCCCUGUUAAAUGAAGAAUUUUGAAUUAUCAAACCACUUUGGAAGGAAUACAAUUCCUUGGUUUUGUAAUUUACAGUGUGUGUGUGUGUGUGUGUGCAAUCUGUGCAUAUAUGUGUGCCUAAGGUGUCUUUUUUACACUUAUGCUUUUUUUCUUUUUUUUUUCCACUGAAGACCACUUGAAAAGCACUUCUUGUGCCAUUGCAUUCGAGACACUUUAUCUAUGAAGAGCUUCUCUCUCCGAAACAACAGAUCUGAAUCAACACCUUUAAAAAUGCAAUACAGGACACAUGUACAUAAAAGAGCCAGUAAAGACGCUCAAACCGUCAAAAAGGACUUUGUUGAAGGACAGUAUGAGAACUACACUCUACCAAUCUACAUGAAGAAAACAGAGCAUCAUAAUCAGCUGCUACCUCUAGUAUUAUUAUGAUUAUCGGUAUUAUUGACAUAAUUUUUAUUAUUCAGAUUUUAUUUUUUAUUUGUUUGUCUGUUGUGAUAUGCCACCAAUCUGCAGUUAUGUCAAGAUGUAUCGGAUUUAACUCCAUUGUAAGCUUUAUUACUGAAACAUUUCUAUUCAUUAUGUUUGUUUUUUUGGUGUUUUCCUGUCCCUGUAACUUUAAGCUAAUUGCAUUCUAAGACCACUAGGCAUCAGAGUUUAUAGUGUAAUUAUGUGUAUCAGACAUUAUGAGAUCUUAAAAUAAUCUUCUGAUGAUUGUAGAAUAAUGUUUUGAAGCUUGUUUAAAAAAAUAAUUUAUUUGAAAAACAUAUUGCUGUCAGGUUUAUGGCAAGUCAAAAUGGGUCUAAUCUAAUGAUUGGAAAACAUUGAAUACAGUUUAUAUUGUAUGACACAAUAUUAUACCUGAUAUUGUAUCUUUUGCUUGUUUAGUUGUCCUUUUUAUCAAUUCCGUUAAGACAAUUCGAGCUGUAAAGUGUAAAGGAAUCUGUGCUGCCAAGGAAAAAUGAAAAAUAGUAUUUUUAUUUCUCAGGUUCAUUUCACGUUCAAGUCAUUGAUUUGACAAGACGAUAUUAUCAGUUUUGAAGGGAGCUGUAAACUACUGGACUGAAGUUGCUGGGGUUUUUUUUUUUUUUUGGUACAAAAUCAUCGUUUAGAGUUCUAAUCGUUUAAUUUCUUUCAGAAUCCAUUGAUGUGUCCUCAAACUGAAUUAGGAUCUUUUAGACAGUAUGGUAGUGCCUUUAGCUCAGUAUUGGCAGAAGCGAGGUAGGUGGCGAGAAAACAAGUCUGGUUGAUUAGGAGUUCAUCUGUUCCCCUAGAGCAGUUUUAAACAGCAUUUAAAUAGUACAUUAUGAAUCUAUUUUAGGUUCGAUGUAUCCCAAGUCACCUAGAGGGAGUGAGUGAGUGUGUAUGGCAGCUGUCUCAUUCCUCAGGGGCAGGAUGACAGUAUCGCCGCCUAGGAGUCUCCAGUCCUCCCAUAACUCACCAAUACCCCACUGACAGAGAGUUAAUGAGUGCGUGUACAUCUGAAACCAGCACUGCAGAAGAUUAUGAAACACAACAGCCUUCAUUCAAACUCAGCAAAGCAGGUGUGUGGGUUGAAGCUCACAGCAGGUGUUUUAAUACUUCAAGUUUGUUAAUAUAAUUGAGCUCAUCUUUCUUUUUGAUGAUUUUAUACACAGAAAAAAGAUAUGUAUACUGAAAGCUACAAAAAAGUGUUGCAAUUUUGGGUCUCAAUAUGGACAAUAGUUAAAAUUGACAGUUUUGUCAGUGAUGAGAUGAGUUCAUUAUGUUUGCUAAGAACCUGUUCGACUUGCUGAUAUGUUUAGGGAGACUUUAGAGCAUCACACUAUACACUAAACCCUGGAAAACCCACCUGCAGUUUCAGGGUGGUCUCAUCGCAGCUAGUAAGUUAGCGACACUCAAUCUUCACUCGGUUUUGCUGUCGCAGGGGAAUGAACGUGUGGUAUGGAGCUUAGCUCUCCCUCUCAUUUUCUCAUUGAGAAAAAGUCCACUUCCAGACCAAAAAUGUACAGGUUAUUUUCUCACCCCCUUGUCCUCUAAGAUGUUCAUGUCUUUCUUUCUUCAGUCAGUAAGUAAUUAUGUUUAUUGAGGAAAACAUGGGAAUUAUCUCCAUAUAAUGGACUUCAGUGGUACCUUGAGGUUGAAUUUCCAAAAUGCAGUUUAAAUGCAGCUUCAAAAGGCUAUAAAUGAUCCCAGCCAAGGAAGAUGGGUCUUACCUAGCGAAACGAUUGGUCAUUUUUGAAACAGAUUGACAAUUUAUGUGUACUUUUUAACCUCAAAUGUUUGCCUUGUCUCGUCUCUGCAAUGCACAUGCAUAGUCUGUGUAAUCCGGGUCAAUCCAGUUAGGGUAUGUCGAAAAGCUCCCGUUUUGUUUUCUUCUUUAACGUCAAAAUCAUCCUAUAUCGCUGUUUUACAACAUCUUCUUUGCAUGUUAGCUUUGUAAACACUAGGUCGGUACUUCUGCAUUGAUGUAAGAUGAUUUUUGAAGCUGGGGAAGAACCCGAGAUGGGAGUUUUUUGACAUACCCUAACUGUCGUGACCGUAUUGAAAAAAAAAUUAUUGAAAAAAAAGUUUGCGCAAACUUAGACAUUUGUUUCGACAAUGACUGAUCGUUUUGCUAGAUUCUUCCUCGGCUGAGAUCAUUUCGAGCCAUUUAAACUGCAUUUUGGAAGUUCAAACUUGGGGGCACCAUUGAAGUCCAUUAUAUGGAGAUAAUUCCUGAUUUUUUUUUUCCUUAAGAAACAUAAUUUCUUAUCGACUGAAGAAAGAAAGACACAAACAUCUUGGAUGACAAGGGGUUGAGUAAAUUAUCUGUAAAUUUUUAUAUUGGAAGUGAACUUCUCCUUUAAAUGAUUCUGACCAUUUCUUAAAUGUAUUGCUGCUAAAAGAAAAACAACAUCAUUAGAAAUUGAAAAAAUUAAACACACCACAUCUAAAUGCACAGUAGAUUCAUUAAUAUGUUAUCGUUGUCCUGCAGUGUUCUUGUUUAUCAUUUAACGAAUCACCAUGCUGAUACUGUUUUGAUAGUUUCAGUUGCCUGAUGGUUGUAAAUACGUCAUGAGCGGACGGCUAUGGUGAUAUCGAUAUGUUAGACGGAUUUUGCGCUAUUUAUCUGGAUGAUCGGCUAUUUUGUAUAGUGCCAUUUGUGCUUACAACAUUUCUUGAUUUCUAUUUUGCUUUUGUUUUGUGUGAUUGAGUGAGUGUGUAGGACGACACAUUCUCUCAGACUCACAGCAAAUGAUUCAUGGAGGUGCUUGUAUAUAAAUAACACGAUGUGGUAGCAUUUCAUGCCACACCCGAAUCCUAGUCCAGAUAAUUUGUGACUUUUCGUAAUAAUUUUUCAUGCUUUUUUUGUUUAGUUGAUAUAGAUGGAUGGAAAUAAUUGCUUUAUUUAUUUAAUAGCAAACCUGUGCCAAGAGAAAAUCUUUCAUUAAAAGCUGAACUGUUGCUUA